ACCUUCACCUCCGGUCAGUGCUUUGUAAAUACUGUUAACUUAUAACCUUUUUAGCUUUAAUAAACGUUGCUAUAGUUGCAUUCUCUCCUGUUUUCAAGGACAUUAUUGACAUCUGCUCUUAGCGCCAUUACGUUUUGUAGAGUUGUGUGUCUGAUACAGGUGUUAGUAACACCGACAUCUGUCGCCUUUUCAUCGGGUUUUAAAGAAUCAUAGACCUUUCCGCUACAGAUGAUCUAAGCAUCUGAAGCAUGAUGAAGCACACACACAGCUGUUGCCAGGCUUCCCCCUCAAGAACUGCUGGAGUCAGGCUCAGCAGUUCAAACUUGCUCCCAAUCAGAAGAGGUCACCGACUCAAAAGAGCCAACGGUCGAGAGACCCAGGGCCUGCUAGGGAAAAGCCAGCCGAGCCAGCGUCGGGAUGAGAUGUGUUAUGUCAAGAAGAGCAUGUCCCCGACGAUCGGCAUCCAGCGGCAGGAAAUGGAGUCGUUCUUCAAGCUUUUUGAUGAUGACCUGAUCCAUGACUUUCUGUGGAUGGACUGUUGCUGUAAAAUGACAGACAAGUACCUUCUAGCCAUGACCUUUGUGUACUUCAAAAGGGCCCGCUUCACCAUCGCUGAAUACACCAGGAAGAAUUUUUUCAUUGCACUCUAUCUUGCCAACACCAUGGAGGAGGAUGACGAAGAGAGCAAGUAUGAGAUCUUUCCAUGGGCGCUGGGCAAGAACUGGAGGAAGCAGUUUCCUCGCUUCCUCAAGCAGCGGGACAAGCUGUGGGCACGAGUCGAGUACAGAGCUGCUGUCAGCAGGCGCUGCUGUGAAGAGGUGAUGGCCAUUGUGUCCUCUCACUUCGUGUGGCAGCGAGAACGGUUGGAGCACCACAGCGGUGCUCAGCGGCAGUACGCGGACCGAGACUUUACUCGGAUUCCCCGCGGGCCCUCGGCCUCUCCAGUCUCCUGCACCCUGUGUAACCGUGGCUCUGGGUUAGAUAUUGGUCCCGGCUCCUCUUCUCUGUCCAGAGGCUCUUCUGCGCAGAGCCCAAACCUAGCCCUUCCCCACCCAUUCACCUCUCCACUGAGUUUGGAGUUAACCCCACCCAGGGCCGCAGCCUCUCGCAGGAAGACGGUGGAGACUAAAAGCCAGGCGCAGCAUUCCUCCUGCUGCUGUGCUGGGGAGGUUCGCGAUGAAUCUUCCUGCGGGUCCACAUGUGACACCUCCAUGGACUGGAUCAGUAAGUAGAGCGUCACACCACCUCAGCAGCACUGACCGAGCUGAUCUGCGUGGUGCUGUCUCACCUCUUUAACGCCA